CAGCCAGAGACGUUUUUUCCCCCUCCCUCUUCUGUUCUCCUCAUUACUGCCAAACAUGACGACACCUGCGCUUAUCUUUGGACUAUAACUUCACUUUUAAACCUUUUUAACGUUUUAAUAUUUUACAUAAUACAUAAGUGGAACCCUGUCCUUUUCUCGAACACAUUCGCGAUCUCAAUGAAACCUUUACCUGAGCAACGGGGCGAACAUCCGAAGAAGAACACCGAGUCGUCCCCGGGUGAGAUGCACGGUGAGGAGCCGAAAACGGCACCUGGAAACCUCUCCGCAGGGAAAACAACAACUACAUCAGAGACUGAGGUCCCGGCACAGUUGAACGGGCUGACUUUGGCCCACGAUGUCAUUGACCCAACAUCCCAGCCGCAGUUUGAUUCCCGCCCCCCGUCUCCGGCACCACCCCCAGACGCCCAUCCGCCCCGGGAUCAGUGGGGGGGCAAGUACGAGUUCCUGCUGUCCUGCAUCGGUUACUGUGUAGGCCUCGGCAAUGUCUGGAGGUUCCCUUACCUCUGCUACCGCAAUGGAGGAGGCGUGUUCCUCAUUCCAUACUUCAUCAUGCUGUUCUUCACGGGGGUGCCGCUCUUCCUCAUGGAGCUCAGUCUGGGGCAGUACGGAGCUGCCGGUCCCAUCACAGUGUGGAAGUGUUGCCCUCUUCUCAAAGGCAUUGGAAUUGGGAUGCUGUGUGUUUCCACCCUGGUGUGUCUCUAUUACAACGUGAUCAUUGCCUGGACCUUCUACUACCUGGGCAGCUCCUUCCAAAGUCCACUGCCCUGGUCGUGCAGUGCCAUCUCCAAUGCUGGCCUCUGUGGGAAUGGUACUGCCUUGAAUGGAUCAAGUGAGAAAUCUCACUUGAGCCCCACUGAGGUCUUCUGGAAUGAGCGCGUGCUGGGUGUGGUCCACAGUCAAGGCCUUCAUGACCCGGGGCCUGUGAGGUGGCCGCUGGCCAUUUGCCUGCUGAUAGCCUGGGUCAUCAUCUUCCUCUGCAUGCUGAAGGGGAUCCGCAGCUCAGGCAAGGUGGUGUAUGUGACGGCUACCUUCCCUUAUUUUGUGCUGAUCGUGUUGAUCAUACGAGGGGCCACCCUGGAGGGAUCCUUGCAGGGCGUGGCCUUCUACCUCACCCCUGACUGGGAACGACUGGCUAGCGCGCAGGUGUGGAAUGAUGCAGCCUCACAGAUUUUCUAUUCCCUGGGCAUUGGUGUUGGGGGGCUGCUGUCCAUGGCUUCAUACAACAAAUUUGAUAACAACGUCAUCAGGGACACCCUGAUCAUCACCAUCGGGAACUGCAGCACCAGCUUUUUUGCUGGCUUUGCCAUAUUCUCCAUCCUGGGCCACAUGGCCUGGCGCAAGAAUGUGCCCGUGGGAAAGGUGGCCGACACAGGUCCGGGGUUGGCAUUUGUGGCCUACCCAGAGGCCCUUGCUCUCCUGCCUGGGUCUGUGUUCUGGUCCAUUCUGUUCUUCCUCAUGCUGUUCAUGUUGGGGGUGGACACUCUGUUUGGGAACAUGGAGGGAAUCACCACAGCGGUUCUGGACGAGUUCCCCCAGCUGAGGCGGAACAUGAAGCACAAAUCCCUCUUCCUGGCGGCACUCUGUUUCGCGUUCUAUCUGAUGGGCCUGUUGCUAAUCACUGAUGGAGGGAUCUAUUGGUUCACCCUCAUCGACUCAUUCAGCACUAGCUUUGGCCUCAUCAUCAUCACCCUCUUCAUGUGCCUUGGCAUUGCCUUCUUCUAUGGUGUAAACCAGUUUUGUCAGGACAUCAUCGACAUGAUCUGCCGCUGCCCACCCUGGUGCACUAAAGUCCUGCUCUACUUCAAAGCAUGCUGGGUUUUCUGCACUCCCUUCCUCUUACUGUUCAUACUGACCUACAUCUUCAUCGAAAUGUACAAUACUUCCUUGCACUACGGCAAAUACGUGUUCCCACGCUGGGGCAAGGCCCUGGGGGUGUGCAUGGGCGCCACCUGCUGUCUGCAAAUACCCAUCUGGGCCAUUGUGGCUAUCAGCAAGGAGUCAGGGACACUGAGAGACCGGUUCCGGAAAGCCAUCCGACCGCUAAACUCCUGGCGAGUGAACAACCUGAACAGUGAGGGGGCGGGAGAGCGAGUAGAACCGGAGAGGGUGGAGGCACCCUUCACCGUAAAUCUGACAGACAUGGACUUCACUGCCAUGACGUGGGAGAAUGGGACCCAGGCAUGAGACCUGCUACACUGCCCUCGUGUGGCGGGAGGUCAGAAGUGCAGGCCCACUGGAACCUCCUGCAUACGCACAGCGAGGUGUCUAACCUCACAUUCUCCCCCAUCUUGGAACGCUCUUUUAAAGUGCAGAUGAUCUUGAAUAUUUUUAAGUGGACCGUCCUCACGGUGGAUUCUCACAGUGACUUGUUCUGUGUUACAACAUCAACAUUUCCAUCAAAGUGUUUGUCUUAUUGGUUACAGCAUGUACAGAUUUUUUGAGAUUUUUGUCUAUGCAAGAGCAAAUAAGACUCUGCAGUUGAGCUGCACAUGGAUACGGGUCCAGCAAACGUCUGACAGGAAGUGUGGCCAGGUGACAUUGGGUACCCUUUUACCACCAGCAACAAAAGAUGUAGUUGUGAUGUAAAUGCUGACUGUGGGUCCUGCUCUUUUCUUUGAAGGAGUCCAUCAGCAGUGCACAGAGACCAAGUCACACAACGAGCAGACACCCAGUGUUUGACGUGGUCUUUGUCUGUUCAUGGCGUUAAUUCCUUUACAGAUAAUGCCAGUUCUUCAUUUUACCUCAUGGAGAUGUCUGUCUGAAACAUGUAAAGGCACGAAGUUCAAGGGGUGUUAGGCCCUCAUGCAUUGCAGCUGGAAAAAUUUUAUUAUAACAGAAUAAACUUUACAUGAUUUUAAAUUAUUCCUGUUGAAUAUUUAUAUUGUUGUUUAACAGUAUAAAAUCAAUCAUGAUUGUCAUGAUUAUUUUUA